CGGAAGGGGCGUGUAGUUCCGGGCGGGAGGAGCUGGCGAUGGCGCUGGGCGCCGUGUGUCGCCGCUGGUGGCUGUUCCACCGCCGAGCCCUCAUCCCCUGGCCCACAGUGGGCAGCAGACCGGGGCUGUGCGGGCUGUCCUCCGGCGGAGAGGGGCCCGGGAGCGGGGUGAGGGUGCGCUUCGGGCCGAGCCCCACAGGUUUCCUCCAUCUGGGUGGACUCCGCACAGCUCUGUAUAAUUACAUAUUUGCCAAAAAGCACAGAGGCCAGUUUAUCCUCCGUAUAGAAGACACGGAUCAGAGCCGUCUCGUGCCUGGAGCAACGGAAAGCAUUGAAGACGUACUGGAGUGGGCAGGGAUACCCCCCGAUGAAAGCCCUCGUCAUGGUGGCUCCUGUGGACCUUACCAGCAAUCGGAGCGACUUGAUCUGUACCGGAAGGCUGCUGAAACUCUAGUGAAGAGAAAUGCAGCAUAUUAUUGCUUCUGCACUCCGUCACGCCUGGAAAUAUUGAAGAAGGAAGCACUGAGAAUGAGGCAGACACCAAGGUAUGACAACCGUUGUAGACACCUCUCUGCCGAGCAGAUCGAGAAGCGACUGGCACGAGGUUCCCCGUAUGUUAUCAGAUUCCACCUGGACCAGGGUACGGUGACCUUUGAAGAUCUGGUGUAUGGACUGAGCAGGAUGGAGCCAGCCAGUGUGGAAGGAGACCCCGUCAUCCUCAAGGCAGACGGGUUUCCGACCUAUCACUUGGCCAACGUGGUUGACGACCAUCACAUGAAAAUCAGCCACGUUCUGCGGGGAACGGAGUGGCUUACUUCCACCGCCAAACAUGUGAUGAUGUACAGUGCCUUUGGCUGGCAGCCGCCAAUAUUUGCUCACCUUCCUCUCCUCCUGAACACAGAUGGCAGCAAACUGUCUAAGCGUCAGAGCGAUCUGUUCAUUCAGAACCUUUCCCAGGGUGGCUACCUGCCGGAGGCUCUACUUGACAUUGUUACCAACUGUGGAUCUGGCUUCUCAGGCAAUCGUACUGGUCGAACCCUGGAGGAGUUGGUGAGUGAGUUUGACUUGACUGGAAUCACAACUCACUCUGCCUUGUUGGACCUUGACAAACUGCCAGAGUUCAACAGAAUUCACCUGUUGCGCCGCAUCGAGAACAGCAGCUCAAGGCAACAGCUGGUGAUGGAGCUGCAAGCACGCGUGGAGAAGGUGUACAAGGAAAAGCUGCUGGAGGGAGAGGCCCUGUGCACGGACUAUGUGGAACGGGUGCUGGAACACCGGAAGGGGCACAUCACAUCUUUGCUGGACCUACUGAAGCCAGCCUACUCUUACCUGUGGAUCCGGCCUCCUGUACCCCGAGAGCAGAUGGAGGGUCUGACCACAGAGGGAGAAAAGAUCUGCAGCAUGGUGAUAAGCCUGUUUCAAAACUGGACAGAGGGUAAUGGGGCGAUGGAGGAGCUGAACUCUGAGCUGAGGACAUUACAGGCACAGUUCACAACCACCAAAUACAGUGUCAUGAUGAAGCUCCUGCGACUGGUUCUCAGUGGGCAGCAGCAAGGAGCGGGUGUGGCUGAGAUGAUGCUGUCCUUGGGGCCUGAAGAAGUCUGUGAACGACUGCAACGAGUGAUCGUCCAUUGAGCCCACGGGCCUUCCUCCUACCUGUGUACUAGGGGGGGGGAUUGUGCUUGAUGUAUCCCUCCAUUAGUAUGGACAUAUUUCACAGCCGACAGAACAUCUAAGAAGGGAAGCUGUUAAAUGUCCAGACAUUUGAUACCACUGGUUAGAUCUACCUGCUGUCAUGGCAGGUUCUCUAAAUGGUCCUACUUUGUGAUUGUAGCCCUCUGUCCAAGGGAUUUGGGCAUCAGUUGGAGUGGAGUUAGGCAGGGAAGGGAAAGGCUUCUAUCUCCAUUGGGUUUUCCCAGCAUGAUCCUACACUAGGAGAUGAGUCUCAAGUCCAAGAUCACAUGCAGCUUUCAGGGCUUUGAUCAUCACUGACCAAGAACAGCAAACCACUUGCUCUCAACAACAUGGACAUUCGGUAUCAAUGGAUUUACAAUAGACUAUUUAAUGCAGGUGUUCUAUGAUGCACACCUUCUGCCUUUUACCAUGCUUCAUGUUAUCCUUUCUGUAUUUCAUUCUAUUCUUUUCUCGCUCAUGUCUCUAUUUCCUCUUAGUUUGUCCAUUUAAUUCCUAAAGAAUUCCAUUUUGGGUAAAGAAGUGUUUCUUCAAUUCCUUACUGAAUUUGUCAACUGUAACUAAUUUAUAAUUAUUAUCUUGUAUUUAUCUCCUUUAGUUUUGGUUUCCCCCUUCCCUCCAUUGCAAGUAUUUUCUCUGCAGAUACCAUGUCAAAACUAAUGUAUUAUUUCAAUGUCAUAACGAGCCCAUCUUUUCUAGAUAAAAGGUCUCUGGUUGAUCAGUCUACCUGUUAGUUACAGCUUUUUAAACAUAAACAUCUUGAGAAUUGAUGAGGACCAGGGUAUGUUUUAUAAGAUGGGCAUUGCUGAUGGAUCAAGGAAUAAAAUAAAUAUAUAUAAAUGUUGAUACAUACCUUCAGUUCAACCCGUUUAUAGAAGUAUUCUUUGUGGUGAAGUUUUUGUUCCAUUUUUCCUGGUUUAACUUAUGAAGUGGUUGGUGGUAAUGUGUACAAUUGCUGGUUAAACUGUGGUCCUGGAUUUACCGUCUCUGCAUUAAAGUCGCUACAGGAGAAGCGCGUGAAGUACAGCUCACUUAUUCUGGUGCUCUGAAGGUUAGCACUGGCAAAAAGACCAUGAGCAACUCAAACGGGCUCAUCUUUCUGACAAGUAACUCUAGUGAAGUAUUCUGGACACAAGAUAGUGACAGGAGUUCUGGCUUUACCAGCUUUGCUCAGAUUUCACACCUCUUAAUUUGAAAUUAAAAAAUGCCAAAUGCUAGAAAUCUGAAAUUUAAAAAAAGAAAAAAAUGUUGGAAACACUCAGCAGGUCAGGGAGCAUCUGUGGAAAAAGAAACAUUUGAUGUUUCGGUUUGACAACUCCUUCAUCCGAUUUAACAAAGAAUUCCAGAUCAAAAUGCUACCCAUUUUUCUUACCACAGAUGCAGGUCUGCAACGUGUUUCAGCAUUUUAUUCUUAUCACUAACUUUUUGCAGUUUAGUAAGUAAAGGAAAGCGCUAUUCAAAUGUUGAAAUCUGCAGGUGCUUUAUUAUUCAGAACGUGUUGGAGAAAAAUUAUUUUGAAGGCAAGCUUUGUGAAUGGAAUUAAUCUGAAAUAAAGGGAGUGCUGGGAUCUG